UUUGAGCAUAGUAGGGCAAGCCUUAGAUACCUCCAAAAGACCAGAUAUGGUUGAUAAACUUGUCGACUCAGAGGCUAAUGCGCGGCGUGUAGCAAAUGUUGAGAACUGUUUUGGAGGGGAGGUACUAGCUGCACCAAACCGGGUUCUUGUGGGUGAAGGUGUUUUACAAAAACAAUGUAGGAAGCAACUUAAACCACGACAGUUUUUUCUCUUCAAUGACGUUAUUGUAUACGGAACAAUAAUCAUUCAUCGAAAAAAGUACAACAACAUGCACCUUCUACCUCUGGACGAAGUUAGGAUAGUAGCUCUGGAUGACAUCGGACCAGAACGACAGAAUGGGUGGCAGAUAAUAUCUCCUCGCAAGUCCUUCAACGUGUACGCGGCAAACUCUAGCGAGAAAAGCGAGUGGAUACAGCACUUGAAUACGUGUAUUGAGGGUUGUCAGCGGAAAAGUGCGAAGAAGAUCACCACAGAGUUAGCUCCAGCCUGGAUACCAGACGACGCAGCUACACACUGUAUGAUCUGUGCUAAAGUAAAGUUUUCUCCUAUUGCCAGAAAGCACCACUGUAGGAGAUGUGGGAAAAUAGUUUGCAAUAACUGUUCCACCAAACGACUUUUGUUGGCAUCCCAAAGUUCGGAACCUGUGCGGGUUUGUGACCCCUGUUUUGCGGAGGCCAGCGCUAAAAGGAUCAGUGUUGGUGAUGUAAAACCGGACUCCAGUGGCGAUGAAGAAGACAGUGGCGAUGAUAGUAACGCAAACAGACAGGAACAGGAGCCAGCCCAAUUUUUCUCCUGAUGUCCGAGAAGAAGACAAGAUAAGGAUAUCAAACAGUUGUUGUGAAGCAGCUCCCUAAAAAAUGUGACAUAUGGUGAACUGGUGUGGAUGUGCAU